GAAAUAAUUAUUUUAAGAAUUUAUGAGCGAUAACGAAGCCCAAGAAGAUUUUUAUGAGAACGACCAUGAGGUGCCAGAGGUCGAACAGAAUAUUGCAAGGAUGCCUUCAGGCACCUCUGAUUCAGUUACUGGUAAAGCCAAGCUGAAAGAUGAGGAUUUCGAGCAUGUAGAAGACCAAGUUAAUAAUACAAACCAACAACUAGACCAAUUGAAUAAGAUGGAAGACGGUCAAGGUGUUGAAGACGCUAUUUUGAGAGAGGAAAUGCCAUCUGAAGGAGAAGGCCAGGAUGCAGACCCUCGUAUAGAGACAGAAAAUGAAGAAGAACCAAUGCAGGAAGGUGAGCAAGAGCACCCUGAUGGAUUUAUUCAUGAAGAAAAUCAAGAAAUUCUUUACGAAGGGGAAGAAAAUACUCCAGAAGAUGAAACUUAUCCUGACCAACUUCCUCCUCUAGAGGGAGAGGAUCCUCAAAUUGAGCAAUCUCCUCAUGAAGCUGAUCCAUCUCAAUCUGAGAAAGAGCAUAUUGACCCUAAAGAGUACAUUGCUGAUCCAGAUCAGCAGCAAGUACAGGAACCCGAACAGGUAGAGCCUGAGGAAGAAUUUGAGAUAGUUGAAGUAGACCCAGAAGUAAUAUUCCAACAAAGAAAGGAAUAUGCUGAAAAGAUGGAUGAGGAGAUCAAAACAAACCUCUCAGAGAUCGACAGACUCAGAGAAGAAGUCAAGCAUUUAGAGGAUGAUGAGCUUGCUGAAAUUUCUCUUAAACCUGAAAAGCAUGAUAAACUUCCCUCCAAGAUCAAACUAGAAUAUGCCAAAGCAAAAUGCAAGACAAAGGAGGUUGAGUCUAAAAUAAAGGAUGCAAUUUCGAUUUAUCAAGAGAGGCAUAAGGAGCUGAUGUCCCAAACCAAAAACUUCGAUAAAAUGUCAGACUUGAACAUUGAUUCUACUAUUAAAGAACUUCGAGUGGCUAUGAUCUACAAGAUGACAAAAACUCUCGAGAAGGAUCUCAAAAAGAGCAAGACCAGACAAAGUGAGCUGAAGAUUAUCACUGAAGAGAUCCAAAACAAGUUAGCUAGAAUUCAGCGGAAAAAGGCUAAGCGGAUACUAAAAGAGAAGAAGAAAGCUAUGGAAGAAGCUAUACGGAAACAGAAGGAAAUGCAACAGGCACAGAAAGAAAUGGCUGAGCCCCAAGCCAAGGAGAGGCAACCUUCACCACCUCAAGAAGAACCGGACGUACUUAAAGUUGAUCAUGAUAGUGAUGAGGAUAAGGAAAAGGCCCAGAAAAAGCUUAAUGAGCAAGCAGAUCGAAUCUUCUUGCUCGAGUCUAAUGAUAAGAAUACAGAUCUUGGCGAGAAGCUUAAAGAAACUCAGCCAAAGCCAGAAGAGCAAGUUGAUAAAGAAGAAAUUAAGGAGACCAAUGAAAAAGAAGACGCUGAGCUAGACAGAGAACAAGAAAAGCAAUCUGAAUCUAAUAAUGAAGCUAAAGAUGAAGAAAAGCCUUCUGAAGAGAAGAAGGAAAUUUCAGAGCCUGUUGAGAAAGAAGAGUCCAAAGAAGAUACUAAAGUAACAGCCCAAGAAACCCCUCAAGAUCCUAAAGAGGAGCCUAAUAAAGUUCCUGCCAAAGAGGAGGAAGCAGCAGAGCCUAAAGAUUCCCCUGAGCCAAGUGAAAAAGCAGAUGAGAAAUCUCAUAAAGACGAAAAGGAAGAAUUACCUGCUAAAAAUUCUGAAAAGGACGAAGAAAAACCUGCUGCAGAGUCUAAGGAUGAUAGUGCCCAAGACACUGAAAAUGAAGGAGGCGAGGAAGAAUUUGAAGGAGGAGAAGGGGAUGAAGAACCCCAAGAUGAUAGUAAGCAACAUCCGGAUCUUCAGAAAGAUCAACCACAAGAAGAAACUAAAGCUGAGGAUAAACAAGACCAGAAUAAGCUAGAGAAGGAGCUUUCUGAUAAGGAAGAGGGAGCAGAUAAUGAGGAGCCUAAAGAGGAGCCUAAAGAGGAGCCUAAAGAAGAGCCUAAAGAGGAGCCUAAAGAAAAGCCUAAAGAAGAGCCUAAAGAAGAGCCUAAAGAAGAGCCUAAAGAAGAAUCCAAAGAAGAUAAUAAGCCUGAUUCUAAACCUGAAACAGAAGUAAAGAAUGCCUCUUCUAAAAAUGCUACUUCUGAGAAAGAAGAUGCUGACUCAAAGUCAGAUGAAAAUUCUAAGGCUGAUGAUACUCCAAAGGAGGAAGCCUCCUCCCCUCAGAAAGAGACUAUCGACGAUGCUGCAUCAGAGACCUCGAUCAUAAGUGUCAAGAAGGGAGGAUCCCCAGGGUCGAUCUCCUCGGAAGAUUCAAUUGAUGAGACAUUAGAAAGCUCUUUGUUGAUGGAGUUGGAGUCGUUCAGCUUAGAAAUGAAUGAGAACCACAAGAGGAUUAAAGAGAAUGGACAUCUCCUCGGCGACCUCAAACUGAUCAUUGAUGGUGAGGCUGAGAUCGAAGACUAUGACUUUCAAACCAAGAUUGAUAAAAUGAUGGGUAAACUUAAUAAGUUACAGGAUGAUGACCAGGAAGAAAGUGAUGAUGAUAAGGCAAGUGAUAAAGAUAGUGAUGAAGAAGGUAGCCAAAAGAGCUCUAGUAGUAAAGGCAAAAGUGAUAAAAGUGAUAGUGAGGAGGAGAAGAAGAGUGAGAAGGAAGAAUCUGACAAAAAGAGUGAGACUUCAGAGAGUGAAUCUGAGGAAGAACCUCCUCCAAAGCCAAAGAAGAAAGGAAAAGGCAAGAAUCAAAAGCCACAAAAACCUCAAAAAUCGCAAAAGCAACAAAAACCUCAAAAACCAGAAAAGCCUGAAAAGGACAAAAAGUCUCAAAAAGCUCUUAAAAAUCAAAAGAAAGGCAAGAAAUCUGCAAGAGCAAAAGAACCUUCUCCAGAACCUCCAAAACCAGAAACCCCACCUAAGCCACCUUCACCCUCUCCUAAAACUCUUGAACUUCGAGCAAAUCUUGAGACCCUCAACUCAACUCAAGAAUCUCUCCAAGAAGAGCUCCAAAAACUAGAAGAAGCUUCCGCUCCCGCUAUAGCCUUUUCUAAGGACAUAUCCCAGCUAGAUUCAGCUUAUAAAGAAUAUAUCAAUGAUUUGCAGACCAAAAAUAGCGUCAUUUCAAAUAAAAUCCAUGAAAUUAUUAAAGAAGGCACUCAGAAGCAGCUUUAUGAGGAACUUACAAAGCUAAAGAAGGCUAAAAUCCUCAGAAUCGAGAAAGCUCAGAAUAAAAGAGAAGCAAACCUGCUUAAAUCUAUUCAGACUAAGAAGAAGCUUGAUACCAAAAUGGAAGAAUUUGAUACACAUCAAGAAAUGCUUAAUGAUAAGAUCAUUACUCAUCAGAAUACUAUAAAAUAAGAUACAGAAAAGACUCAGUGGGAAGAAAGCCAAAGGAGCUGACUUUGACGUCCAGGAUGUCACUUCUAGCCAGGCUUCGCCUGGCCAGAUGCAUCCUAGUUCGAGGCAGAAGAAGGGGUCUUUCCGAAAUGACUCAAUGUAUUCUGGGUCAUAUAAAGGGAAUAGAAAUUACAAACUUGAAGAGAAGAAACACAUUUUGACGCUUGAACAUAGAGUUCAGGAAUUGGAAAAGCAGCUAUUCGAGAUCCAACAGAAGAAGGAGAAGAAAAACUCUGAAGAUGAAUUGGACUUAGAAGAUGAGGAAACACCUGAGGUGAGGCCGAACCAGAUGCCUGAUAUUAGAAUUAACAAAAAGAAAAAGGGAGCUAAGAGCUCACUUAUGGUCAAGGAGAUCCUUAAAACUAUCAAGGAGAAAGACGAAGAAAUCAUCGCUAUUAAGGACCAAAUCAAGAAGAACCAGAUGAAGAUCAAGAUUAAAGACAAAGAGAUUUUCAAGAUGAAAUCUCGACUUAAGAAGUGGAAUAUGACUCAUGCCACUCAGUAA